GUCAUCUCGCAAGUGGGGGCGCUUCCGUUCCAGUUUCGCUGUUUCCUGGGUGAACGGGGCUGGGGCAGCGGUUCAGGCGGUCUGUCGGUGGGUCUGUGGGCCGUUCAGGGCAAUCAAGCCUGAGGCAAUGGUGUGCAUUCCUUGUAUCGUCAUUCCUGUCCUCCUUUGGGUCUACAAAAAAUUCCUGGAGCCAUAUGUAUAUCAUCUAAUUUCACCUCUUGUUAGUCGUCUAUGGCCUAAAAAAAUUCUACAAGAAAGCACCAUUGAAAAACAAGACAAAGGAGAUUGUAAGAUUGCAGACACAAAUGGAAUCUCUACACCAGAACCAACAGAAAGCUGCAACAAAAAGAUAGAUUAAAAUAAUUUGACCAAAGGAUGUCUUUGCUUUAAAAAUGGAACUGAUGAUAUGCAACAACUACUCUGAUAUUAUCUUUCAUACUUUUCUCUGAGACCAGAUAUGGGGUAGAUAUUUUAGAGAUCUCCCUAAUAUACAUAGUAUUUCUAUUUAAAUGUUUAAAUUAUAUUUAAUUACCUCAUUCCUAUUCUUUUUCCUUACUGAAAUAGCUUUCAUCUCUAUUAUUGUAAAUAACCUAAAGUUUCUAUUUUAGGUUAACUUGUUUUAACAACAGGAAUAAAUAGAAAUUCACUCUAA